AUGAGCACAGCAGCGUCACCAGGGGCGGGAGUGACGACGGAGCGGAUCACUUCAAAUUAUCCUUUUCGACCGGAGCCCCGGGCCCACCAGGCCCAAUACUUCCCGCUCCUUACCAGCGAGCGCUGCGAAAUGCGUGCUCUAAUCAAGGUGCUCGACGCUCGCAUAAAUUCUAAUAAGCCGUCUCCCGCCUCACCGCGGGCGAUGAUUCUCUCAAUCUCAACUAUUCCGGACGGCGGAGGCUUGAUGUUGAUUUUCAACCUCCUACGCCAGGACGGGUUA